AUGGAAUUCGAUCCCAAGACGCCCCAGUUCCUCACGUCAGACCCGUCGAGCUUCGCCUCGGUCUCUGCCAGCGACCGAUGGCCAGUCAUUCUCACGGGCGCAAUUGAUGACCUCCAUCGGACUGUUGGAACUGUCACUGAUGAUGAAAAGGCUAAGGAUGGCAAGAGCAUCAUCGAGCAACUAGCCAAGAUGAAAUAUGAGUUGCAGCAUAAUCGGCCAUUGACGCCCCUAGAAGACGAUGGCGAGGCCGACAUUGCGAGUUACAACAAGGAACUGGCCGAGCGAGGCAACCCCAAAUGGCAUGACGUGGCGUGGCUCUAUGCCGAAUGCUACCUCUAUCGCCGUAUGGAAACAUUCUUUGCCCUCUCCAAGCACUGGAGGGGAUACGACGUCUUCGCUCGCCAGAAGAUGUCCACCUUCAAAUCUUCACGUCCUGCCGUCUUGGAACUGGCUACUCGGUACCGUGAGCUUGCACAAGACGCGGCGUCUGGUGUCUCAUCAGAGGGUAAAUCUCCCGAAGAGGUGGAGCAGGCCGAGCGGCUGCUCUUCUCCGAGAUGUGCGAGAUCUGCCUGUGGGGUAAUGCCACCGACCUUUCGCUGCUCACAUCUCUCACCUACGAAGAUAUCCAGAAAUUGCAGGGGUCGGAGGCACGGAAAACCUCACAGAAAAAUAUCAUUGUCAAUGACCUUGACGCGGCAUUCGAAACCAUGCAAAAGGCCCGUCGCGAGAAGAAGGAUGGCGAACGACGGGUGGACAUUGUACUCGAUAACUCUGGAUUCGAGCUAUUCGUCGACUUGAUUCUGGCCGGAUACAUGCUGUCCACUGGCUUGGCAACCACAAUUGUCCUGCACCCGAAGCGACUCCCUUGGUUUGUUUCUGACGUUACACCCAAAGACUUUUCUGAUCUACUGAAUUCGAUGGCGGACCCGCAAGCCUUCUACACUGCCGCUGAUGAUACCGGGAAAACCUAUCCACCCCUUGCGGAUAAGGAGGCUGCUGAUGUCCAAUUCCUUUUUGAACAAUGGAGCCAAUUUCACCAAGAUGGCCGGCUGAUUAUCCGCCCACACUCAUUCUGGACCACCCAGGGCUGCUACUGGCGCAUGCCUCACGUGGCUCCCGAGCUUUUCGAGGACCUGAAGGAAAGCGAGCUUGUGCUUUUCAAGGGUGAUCUGAACUACCGCAAACUGACCAACGAUGCUCAAUGGGAUCCCACCACCCCAUUCACCACUGCCAUUGGACCGAUGGGUCCCCAGUCAGGGAUCCGUGUCCUGGCAUUCCGGACCUGCAAAGCCGACGUCGUGGUCGGUUUGCCUGCCGGCGAGGACGAGAAGCUUCGUCAACAGCCUAAUGGCGGUGGUGCUGAUGCGCGGAAAUGGGCCUGGAGCGGGAAAUGGGCCGUGGUGUCAUUUUCCGACGGCAAGCAAUAG